AUGAAUUCUAACUCGAAAGAGAACUUUGAACGAUGGUGCCGCCUUUGCGCGGAGGAGCAAGAAGUGACAAUAAUGAUAUUUAGUGCUGAAGCAGAAGCAAUGCUACUACAUAACAAACUAAAUAAAUAUUUGUUGAUUGAGAUUGAUGAAGAUGACAAAUUGCCUAAAAAUAUUUGUAUUCAAUGUUGUACGAAAUUACAAAGUGUAUGUGAAUUUAUAGAUAAAGUUAAAAAAGCACAAGAAAUAUUACUUAAUCAUAGUCAAAUAAUAGAAGAUCAUGUUGCCACAGAAAAUGAUAUUACACCAAACAUAAAAAAAGAGCUAGGAACAGAAUCUGAUUCUCUUGCUGACAGUGACAGCUCCUCUAAAGUUACACCCAUGGAAAUCAGUGUAGAUCCAAUGAUGGUCUUACAGAAUUCUGAUGACGUGCUUUCACCAAAUGUUGAUGGCAGUAUAGAAUCAAAUAUAGAGGAUGUUGUUUAUUUAAAUGGUGUUGAUGGUGAAAAUGUUACAAUCAAAUUAAUAAAGAAAGUAGAAAUAAGUUCAGAAUCUAGUAAUGAUAAGAGGGAUCCAAUAAUAAAACCAUUCCCUUGUAUAACAUGCAAUAGAAGCUUUUUUACAGAACUAGCUUUGAAAAACCACUCUUGGGUCCAUUUUAAUGAAGACAAAGUCACCAGGAAGUAUAAUUGUAGCACUUGUCUUGAAGGGUUUGAUUUUAAAUGUGAUUUAAUCGCACAUUUUAAAAAACAUCGCACGUCUGGAAUGUGUCAAAUAUGUGGAAGAUAUUUCAGGAGUGAAAAAAAUUUGGCUAUUCACAUGUCUGGACACAUGUUAAAGAGCAAAUCAUACACAUGCAAAAUUUGUCAACGAUCAUAUAAUACAAGAAGCAAUUUAAAAACUCACAGUAUUACACACAGUAAUGAAAGACCUUAUAAAUGUAAUUUGUGUAAAAAGAGUUUUAAGAGAAAUCAAGACUUAAAGUUCCAUAUCAAUCAACACACUGGAGCCAAACCUUACAAGUGUCCUUUUUGUGAUAAGUCAUUUGCAAGUUCUGGUAAUUGCUAUUCACACAGAAGUCGAAUGCAUCCAGGUAAACAAGUUGAAGGAAAAGAGCAAGCACAGUUAAUCCCAUCUAGAGACAACUCAGCUCUAAAGUCACGUGUUAUUCCACCUAAAAGUUCUCUCACAGCAGUUAAUGGGAUUUUCAAGUACCAGUGCCAGUUAUGUGAACACAGUUUUAUGAAAAGAGAUAAUUUCACGUAUCAUAUGUAUCAACACACUGGGGAAAAGCCAUUCCAUUGCACAUUCUGUACUGAAAAAUUUGUAACUAGAAGAGGUUUACUCCUUCAUCAUGAUAAAGAACAUCCAGGAAAUGAUCGUCCACUUGCACUACUCUCAAGAAAUGCAUUACUUAAGUAA